GUCAAUAUUUCACCACGUGGAGUGACAAAAACGAAGUUAUCCGAAAUAACAUGCCAACUACUCUAGAAACCUGCCAUUCGAACAAUACGAAAAUGGCAAAUAAGGUGAAAAACGAGAAGAAAGACAAGAAAAAGAAAAACAAGGUGAAUGGAACAUCUGAAGAAAACCUCACAAAUGACAGAGGGGAUGUAGCUGUUGCUAAUGGUACCUUAGAGACUUCACCAAAGCCAGAAGAUAAACCAUCAAGGCCACCUGCUGAGGCAGAGGGAGAUUUCAGCAAUUUCAACAUAUCAGACAGCACUAUUCAGCUGUUAAAAGAGAAGGGUGUCACAUACUUGUUCCCGAUUCAAGCAAAGACAUUUGACUCUGUGUAUGCUGGACAUGAUGUUAUUGCACAAGCCAGAACGGGAACUGGAAAAACGCUGUCAUUUGCUCUUCCGUUGGUGGAAAAACUUCAGAAGAAAGAAGUUAAAGACAAACGAGGGAGACCACCUAAGGUCUUAGUGAUGGCACCAACCAGGGAGCUGGCUCGUCAGGUUAGCAGUGAUUUCCAAUCUAUCAGUCGCUCACUUAGUAUUGCCUGUUUCUACGGAGGAACACCCUACCACCCUCAAGAGAAAGCCAUAGCAGAUGGGUUAGAUGUUCUGGUGGGCACACCUGGUAGACUACUGGACCAUUUUGAGAAGGGAAACAUAGACUUGAGCAAACUCAAACACAUUGUGCUGGAUGAAGUUGAUCAGAUGUUGGACAUGGGCUUUGCAGAUACUGUAGAAUCUAUUAUAAAAUCUGCAUAUGAGAGAGAAGAUGGCAAGAAACCUCAGACGCUGUUGUAUUCAGCCACACUACCCCCGUGGGUGUACCAGACCAGCAAGAAGUACCUGGGGGAAGACGUGAAGACUGUGGAUCUGAUCGGGGAACAAUCUAUAAAGACAGCCACUACUGUACAGCACCUGGCUAUCAAGUGUGGGUACUUUGACAGAGCGGCCACCCUUGGGGAUGUGGUACAAGUGUACAGCGGGAAACAUGGCCGUGCCAUGAUCUUCUGUCAGACCAAACGCGAGGCGGAUGAACUGGCCACUUGUGCUGACAUCAAGCUCGAGUGCCAUGUACUCCAUGGGGAUAUUCCUCAAGAUAAACGGGAAACUGUAUUGAAGAAAUAUAAAGAAGGACGAUACAAAGUGUUGGUGACCACAGAUGUUGCUGCCCGAGGCCUUGACAUUCCAGAGGUUGAUCUGGUAGUACAGUGUAACCCACCAAAGGACGUGGAUUCAUACAUUCAUCGCUCCGGCAGAACAGGACGAGCAGGAAGAACAGGAGUUUGUAUCUGCUUUUACAAACCUCAGGAGGAAUAUGCUCUUCAGUUCGUGGAGAAACGAGCUGGGAUCAAGUUUAAGAAGAUUGGAGCACCGACAACAGAUGACCUAAUCAAGGCUGUCGCAUCCGAUGCCACCAGAGCAUUGGAUGAUGUGACGAAUGAGACUGUGGAGCAUUUCCGCGAGUCAGCUGAGAAAUUAAUUGAAGAGAAAGGUGCCAUUAAUGCGCUAGCCUGUGCUCUGGCUGUGAUAUCGGGAAGUACAACUAUUGUGUCAAGGUCACUGCUCUCCUCCAAACAGGGUUACACCACAUAUUUGUUCCGCACAAAUAUGGAAAUGCGUGGUGCAAGUUACUGUUGGCGUUCACUGGAGCGGAACCUGCCAGAUGUGAAGGAGCUGGCACAGAGCAUGAGAAUGUGUCUGGACAAGAUGGGUUGUGUUUUUGACAUGCCUUCAGAGCAUGAUGAGUACAUCCAGAACACCUGGACAGAUGGCAAGUUUGACACUCUAGUCAAGGCCACAGAACUCCCAGAGCUGCUGGAAUCCUUCAGCUACAGAGGAGGUGGGGGUAGGGGCCAGGGGCGUGGAGGCUUCAACAGACAAGGGUUUCGAGGUGGCAAUGGUAGGGGAGGGUAUGGUGGCAACAAUACAGGAUAUAGUAACAGAGGAAGAUUUGGUGGCAACAGGACUUUCCAAAAUGGAGGCACAUUCAAGCGCAAGUCAAACUUUGGAAUGGCACUGGAGAAUUCCCCUGCUAAUAAAAGGGUUAAGUUUGACUGAGAUAUGUUCACAAGUUGUGGUGGGUGUUCUUCCGGUGCUUAAUGAAACUGGAAUCAUGGACCAUUCUGCCCUGAGCAAUUGUCAGCUCCUGCUAAUAUGUCUCUUGCUCGUGGGAGUAAACAGGACGAAACUUUACCCUGUUAACAUGGGAUAUGAUCCACAUGUACAGAGAUAUAAAGGGUAGUACUCUUCUUAGCAGUUGUUUCCACAUUUGAAAAAUUAGCAAUGUGCAAUUUGUAUGAAAUCAUACAUAUUGUUGGCCCUUAUCUUUGUUGGAAGGUGAUUUAAUAACCACCUGUGUCUAUGAUAUAAUGUUGUUUUAUUUGCAAUGUACAUGUGUAUACUUACAUGUAUAUUUAUUUAAUAAAUUACACAACCUCAGGCGAAUUUAUACACUGAAGACAUUCUUUUAACUUUGUUUGUGGUUACAUGAUUAUUUUCCUACUACAGUGGUAUAUAUCUUCCCUGGGGGAAAUAAUGGUUACAGAUACUUAUUUGACAUUUGUUUCAGAAGUAUACUCACAUUUAUUUUCCCACAGAAAGGUACUGGGUCAUCUGAUUUCAUAUACUGCAAUAUCACGAAUUUCUAAAACAAACAAGUAUAUAAAAAAUUUCUGCAAACAAUAAUCAAUGCAAUUAUAUUUUUUCAUCAACUAAGGAUGAACUUGAAAUUCUAAUGUUGUGUUUACUCUGGUUUACUAUGGGUGCUCUGGUUUACUAUGGGUGCUCUGGUUUGUUCAGGGCACUCUGGCUUAUUCUGGGCGCUCUGGUUUAUUAUGGGCGCUCUGGUUUACUCUGUACACUCUGGUUCACUCUGGACACUGAUUUACUCUGGACAGUCUGGUUUUCUCUGGACAUUCUGAUUUACUGUGGAUGCUCUGAUUCACUCUGGACAGUCUGGUUUACUGUGGACAUUCUUAUUCACUCUGGACAGUCUGGUUUACUGUGGACACUCUGAUUUACUCUGGACAGCCUGGUUUACUCUGGUUUACUCCACCCUAAAUCUGGACACUGUGAUAAAAAUUCUGUAUAGUGUAAUGUUAAACAGCAAUCAAAUAAAUAUUUGUGCUAAAGCACUUACUUAACUGAAUCGCAUUAUUGCUUUCCACUAUAUUGCUGACUGCUGUCCCGAGUUUCCGCUCUUAAGACUAGGAGGUCGUCCGAUAUUGGACCACACUCUGAUUGUCGUAAAUAACUCCCAAAAAAUAUUGAUGUAGAAAAACUAAACCAUUUUUUAGAUCUUCAUUUCAAAUGUAUCUGUGGAAUGUUGGAACCCUGAUGAGGAAUGUUUUCAGAUUCAUAUUUUUUCAUCUUGUCUCACAUUCUGUUGUCUCUGUUUUUGUCUUCACUUGAUGUUGACCAUUCUGGUCAGCGUUAC